AUGACGAUAAAGGACGUUCCUCAGCUGCUCUCAAUCCCACGAAAGGGCGCAACUCCAUCACAGCACUCCGUGCGCCAUAAGGAGAACAAGCGUCCGCAAAAACCUCGGUCAUCUGUAAUCAAAUUUUCUCCCAUCCCAACGAGAAACCCGGGCGAUGGCACACCGUUGCGUCGUUUCCGCGCGGAACUUCGACGUUAUCCCGCCCCCUCGGUUGGUUCAACAACAGACUCUGCGGUAUCAGUGUCGACAAAGACCCUUUCGAAAGAGGAAGAACGCGCUUUGGUUACUCGCUUGGCUGCUCCUAAGAAAACUGCCACUACAACCCCAGCUAAGUAA